AUGAACUUCUUCACUUCUCUCCUCUUGCUGGCUACUUCUGUUAUCGCAGCUCCUGUCGAUACUGCCAAGCAAUCGAAGCACUUCCACCUCAAGUCUAUCGGCGGCCCCAAUGCAAAUCACAACAACCUAUAUGUCUAUGCCUACCACACGGGCGCAGGUCUCAACGACGCAGUUCUCACAAAAGAUGCUAGCAUAGCUAGUUCCUUCUACCUGAAUGGAACCAACGCACUCGCCGAUCUGAAGACCGAAUUCCCCUGGGGAUUGAUCGCCACUGGCGACACCAACUAUGCCUCUUGGGAACCUAUGGUUAUCAACGCUGGCAGCGAGGGCAGUGAAGGAUACUCCAUCAAAGGCAACAAUUUCCAAUGGUCGGAACAAAACGGCUUCGGUGGCUGGCUCAUCUGCGAUUGGUUCCACAAUGCGCCUCAGCUAUUCUACUUGAACCGUUACUACGAAGCCACCAUCCCCUCCUCCUGCUCUAAGGUCCAGUUGAAGGCCGAAUUCAUCUAA